CACUCCCUGCACUCCGCUAGUCGUGUGCACGACUUCAGGUAUUCGACUAUUUUCACGAAAAUUCGUGGAACUUAAGCAUGGACGAUGUUCUGGAUAGCUGGGAACAGAUAGAGGAAUCGAGUGCUCUCGACAAGAAAUUGAGUGUUCUUCGUUUGGAUGGAGUGGAAGAAGAGUUAGAAUCUUCUAGAUGUAAGACCAGUAAUAGUACAAACACGAGAAUGAUCAUAUUGGGAGACGACGGUAUCAGGUCGCAAUAUGUGCCUCCCAAACCUACAGUUAAGAUAUUAAAAAGACCAACCGCAGACUCACGUGGGAGCGGUGAUGGACCAUUGUUGAACGGUGAUAAACCUAAGCAACCUAUUAAAUCUCUAAAACAGAGGGAGCAGGAAUAUGCAGAGGCAAGAAAGAGGAUUAUGGGAGAGGAGAAAAGCCCAGAGGAGAAGUCGAUACAAGACAUCAGCAAGAUUCAGCCAAAGUCGAGCGCACCAGGUGGUAGCGGCCUUCCGAACAACAUCGUUCGCAUGCCCACCGGCCCAGACGGUACACGGGGCUUCAAUGUGCGUAGGUAGCGUGUCUUCCAGGGAUCGGCUGUUUCCACCCAUUUUCUUCCUCUCUUUCCUUCCUGCUGCCACGGUGAAGGGAGAGAUCGGCUAUGAGGCCGAUUACGGAGCAGCUUCGCGUUCUACACACCGAAGUAAGCAAUCUCGAAGCUGCAUUCCACGAGUCGCCGUCACGCGCGGACCACAUUCUGCAGGGUCGAGAUUAUGGACUUAUCGAAACAAAGGAGAGAGAGAAAAAGUGCCGCCGGUGUCGUGCUGUGUUCUGUUUUGCUACGUUUUAUGAAUCCGGAAUCGUGCGAUAUAACGAAACAAAGGGGCGAAGUCUAGCGAGAGAAUUAUUAUUGUAUGUAUCAUAUUUAAAUCACAGUUUUGCUUGCAACUGCAUGCCCGUCGAUUGUGAUGUGAGAACGAGGCGAAAUGGAAAAUUGUGAAUUCGCUAUUGUAAAAAUAUUGUAAAAAAAAAACCGAUCCUUGCUUUAUCUCUUGUAAAAUGUUCGAGAUAUCUGAGAAUGAAUUGUAUUGAGAAAAGUCUCACUGUAUAUAUUUGUAUAAUAACCGACAAUUGUACGCGCAAUAUCUCGAGUGUUUUGUUAUUAAAUCAAGGAUACUUUUAAAGAGAUCUUUCGAUUGAUUCUCUGUAGCUUAGGAGAGAUUAUUCUUGAGGCUCUCUCUUCUACUUUACGCGAUAUUCUUGUGAGAACACGUUAUGUAUUGUGAUGUAUACAUAUAUAUGUACAAAUGUUAAGAAAUCACUUUUUAUACUU